CGCCGGGGAGACGCCGGAGCCCAGCCGCCGCCGCCGCCCGCCUCGCAGCCCAAGGUCUCCUUCUCCUGCAGCAGCCCCGACGGCGGCGGCGGCUCCCCGAAGGCGGCGGAGGAGGGCGGCGGGGCGGCGGCGGCGGCGGGCGAGGCCGGGCCGGGCUUGGGGGGGGAGGCGCACGGGAGCCAGGCGAGCUUCAUGCAGCGGCAGUUCGGGGCCAUGCUCCAGCCGGGCGUCAACAAGUUCUCGCUGCGGAUGUUCGGCUCGCAGAAGGCGGUGGAGCGCGAGCAGGAGCGCGUCAAGUCGGCCGGCGCCUGGAUCAUCCACCCCUACAGCGACUUCAGGUUCUAUUGGGACUUCACCAUGCUCCUCUUCAUGGUGGGGAACUUGAUCAUCAUCCCUGUUGGGAUCACCUUCUUCAAAGACGAGACCACAGCCCCCUGGAUUGUUUUCAAUGUGGUGUCUGACACCUUCUUCCUCAUGGACCUGGUGAUGAACUUCCGGACAGGCAUUGUCAUUGAGGACAACACCGAUAUCAUCCUGGACCCUGAGAGGAUCAAGAAGAAGUACCUGAAGACAUGGUUUGUGGUGGACUUUGUCUCUUCUAUCCCAGUGGAUUAUAUUUUCCUCAUAGUGGAGAAAGGCAUUGAUUCGGAGGUCUACAAGACGGCCCGGGCUUUGCGCAUUGUCCGAUUCACCAAGAUCUUGAGUCUCCUGCGAUUGCUGCGCCUCUCACGGCUCAUUCGCUACAUCCAUCAAUGGGAGGAGAUUUUCCACAUGACGUACGAUCUGGCCAGUGCUGUGAUGCGGAUCAUCAAUCUAAUCGGCAUGAUGCUUCUCCUGUGCCACUGGGAUGGGUGCCUCCAGUUCCUUGUGCCAAUGCUCCAAGACUUCCCAAGCGACUGCUGGGUCUCCAUCAAUGGCAUGGUGAACGACUCCUGGAGUGAGCUGUAUUCCUUCGCCCUCUUCAAGUCCAUGAGCCACAUGCUGUGCAUUGGGUACGGUCGGCAGGCACCGGAGAGCAUGACCGAUAUCUGGCUGACCAUGCUGAGCAUGAUCGUGGGGGCCACCUGUUAUGCCAUGUUCAUCGGACAUGCCACGGCACUCAUCCAGUCUCUGGACUCCUCUCGGCGGCAGUAUCAGGAGAAGUACAAGCAAGUGGAGCAGUACAUGUCCUUUCACAAACUGCCUGCAGACUUCCGACAGAAGAUCCAUGACUACUAUGAGCAUCGUUACCAAGGCAAGAUGUUCGAUGAGGACAGCAUCUUGGGGGAGCUCAAUGAACCUUUGCGCGAGGAGAUAGUCAACUUCAACUGCCGUAAGCUAGUGGCCUCCAUGCCCCUCUUUGCCAAUGCUGACCCCAACUUUGUUACCGCCAUGCUGACGAAGCUGAAGUUCGAGGUCUUCCAGCCGGGUGACUACAUCAUCCGAGAAGGGACCAUUGGGAAGAAGAUGUAUUUCAUCCAGCAUGGUGUGGUCAGCGUCCUCACCAAGGGCAAUAAAGAGAUGAAGCUCUCGGAUGGCUCCUACUUUGGAGAGAUCUGCCUGCUGACCAGGGGCCGGCGAACCGCAAGCGUCCGAGCUGACACCUACUGCCGUCUCUAUUCACUCUCGGUGGACAACUUCAACGAAGUCCUGGAGGAGUACCUGAUGAGGCGGGCUUUCGAGACGGUUGCCAUCGAUCGCCUGGACCGCAUAGGCAAGAAGAAUUCCAUCCUCCUUCACAAGGUCCAGCACGACCUCAACUCGGGGGUCUUCAACAACCAGGAGAACGAGAUCAUCCAGGAGAUCGUCAAGUAUGACCGGGAGAUGGUGCAGCAGGCGGAGUUCCAGCAGCAGCACCCGGCCCUGUAUGGGCCCCCCCAGCCCCAGGUGACCUCAGCGAUUGCCACCCUCCAGCAGGCGGUAGCCAUGAGCUUCUGCCCACAGAUGGCCAGUCCGCUGGUGGGCCCCGUGGGCUUGGGGUCGCCUCGGAUGGUGCGGCGUUUGCAGUAUCAGGGCGGCGUCCCUGGCUCCUUUGCCAUUUCCCCAGCGUUGCUUCAGCAGCAUCACCAGCAGCAGCCGCCUCAACUGACCUUGCAGCAGCAGACCAGCUUGCAGCAGCACAACAUGCAACAGCAGAAGACUGCCUUGCAGCAGCAGCAGCAGCAGCUGCCACCGCAGCAGCUCCCUCCACCUCAGCCCCCUCCAGCAUCCUCCGGCAGCCCCUUCCCUGCAGCAGUGUCCAGCCCGCCCACCCAAAGCCCUCUAGCUAGCCGGACGUUCCUGUACGGGGGUGACAAAGGUCAGUCUGGCUCCCAGCUCUCACUGACGCAGCAGAAGCCCCCCGGCUCCCCCCAGCGGUUGGCCGCGCACAAGAGCACCCAGGCCCUCCCCACAAGCAGCCUGAGCCAAGAGUCCCGGCCGCUGUCAGCCUCUCAGCCUUCGCUCCCCCACGGCGUCUCUCACACCGUGAGCCCGAGUCCCCCUUCUUCGGCUCACGAGUCCGACUCUUCGAUCGCGGGAGGGCAGGGGGCGGCGCCGGCGGCAGUGUCGUCGUCACAGAGUCCUGCCGGCGCUACUCAAGCAGUGCCUCGUGGAGCUGCCCCACCCCCUCGCGUCAGUCUGCCCCCCCAGGUGCCCACAGCUGCAGUCUACCCAGGGGCUGCUGCCAGCAUUCCGCAGGACUCGGGCGCAGCCCGCAAGGAUUCCAUAGUCAGCGCCCCUGAGACGGACCCAGCAAAAUCCAGGCUUCCUUCUAACUUGUGA